UCGAAAACGUUUCCGCGCCUGGAUUCGGCCCAGCCGGCCCAACAUCACAGCACAUCCCACCUCCUGCCCUACUCCCGUGACCCGUCGGGCGUCGGCUCUCCCACGCGCAGCCGCCUCACGCAGCGCAUCGCCGCAUUCUCCCGCUCGACCUGACGGCUGACGCAGCGCCUCCGCCUCUCGUCGGCCGCCGUCCGCUGGCCGCCGUCCGUGAGGCCGCCUCCUGCCAGCCGCCGUCCGCCUCCUGCGGCCACGGGCCGCGAGGCCGCCUCCCGCCGGCCGCAGGCUGCCUCCCGUCGGCCUCCGUCCGCCCGUGAUUACUCCCGUCGGCCUCCGGCGUAAGGAGCCCCAGCCCCUGUUCAGGUGCCUGACUUCCUCUGAUAGUGGUAGUGCAGGCCUCCCGUGAACCUAGUGCUGCCGUAUUCCCCCAAUCUCCAUCAUGCAGAACGAGGAGGGUAAGAUGGUGGACCUCUAUGUCCCCAGGAAGUGCUCUGCCACAAACAGGAUCAUCACCGCCAAGGACCAUGCUUCGUUCAUAGAGUCAGACUCUAAGGAGGAGGAGUCGGUGUACGACACCGCCUCAGACGGCGACGAGGGAGAGGAGAGGCAGCAGGAGUUAGAGAGCGAUGACGAAGACGAGGAUGUGGAGGAGCGAAGCAAUGACGAUGAGGAAGGGGAGGAUGAAGAUGAAGAUGAGGACGAGAGCGAGGAGGAGGAGGUGAAGGAGGAUAAAAAGAAGAAGAAGAAGGAAAAGGAGCAGGCGAAGGAGAUGGUGAAGGAGGAUAAAAAGGAAAAGAAGGAAAAGGAGGUGGGGAAAGAGGAAAAGAAGGUGAAGAAGAAGAAGGGGGAAGGGAGCGGGAUUCUCUCGAACAAGCUCUGCUCUGAGCUCCCCAUCUCUGAGCUCACUGCCAAUGCCAUCAGAGAGAUGAACUACACCCACCUCACCCAGAUUCAAGCUAGAUCAAUACCACAUCUGUUGGAAGGAAAGGAUGUGAUGGGCGCAGCCAAAACUGGAUCAGGGAAGACUCUUGCGUUCCUUGUACCAGCGAUUGAGCUGCUCCAUCAUCUGCACUUCUCGCCGAGGAACGGGACAGGAGUUAUCGUGGUUUGCCCGACAAGGGAGCUUGCUAUCCAGACACAUAAUGUUGCCAAGGAGUUAAUGAAGUAUCACUCGCAAACUCUUGGAUAUGUUAUUGGUGGUAAUAACAGGAGAAGUGAGGCUGAUCAGCUGGCAAAAGGGGUCAAUUUAUUAGUUGCUACCCCGGGCAGGCUUUUGGACCAUCUACAAAAUACCAAGAGUUUCAUAUACAAAAGGCUAAAGUGCCUUGUAAUUGAUGAAGCUGAUCGCAUACUCGAGCAAAACUUUGAGGAAGAUAUGAAACAAAUAUUUAAACGCCUACCACAGAAUAGGCAGACUGUUCUUUUUUCUGCCACACAGACUCCAGAGGUUGAAAAAUUUGCUAAAUUGUCAUUUGAGAAAAAUGAAGAAAGUAAAGAAAAACCAGUUUAUGUUGGAGUUGAUGAUGAUAACUCAAAGCAGGCUACUGUUGAAGGCUUACAACAGGGGUAUUGUGUCAUUUCUAGUGAGAAGAGGUUCCUGGUUCUCUAUGCUUUCCUAAAAAAGAAACAGAAUAAGAAGGUCAUGGUGUUCUUUUCAUCAUGCAAUUCAGUCAAGUUCCACACAGAACUUCUGAAUUUCAUUGGGAUAGAGUGUUUUGAUAUCCAUGGGAAACAAAAGCAGCAGAAACGAACUACAACAUUCUUUAACUUUUGCAAGGCAGAAAAGGGCAUCUUAUUGUGCACGAAUGUGGCUGCACGUGGACUUGAUAUCCCUGAUGUGGAUUAUAUCGUGCAGUAUGAUCCUCCAGAUGAGCCAAAGGAUUACAUUCACAGAGUUGGGCGCACUGCACGUGGUGACAAAGGCAAAGGAAGUGCCUUACUGUUCUUACUACCAGAAGAAUUGAAAUUUCUCAUUUACCUGAAGGCGGCCAGGGUUGCCCUGACUGAAUAUGAGUUCAGUCAAAAAAAUGUGCCAAAUCUGCAAUCACACCUCGAGAAAAUUGUUAGCGAUAAUUACUAUCUAAACCAGUCUGCAAAAGAAGCCUACCGAUCCUACGUUUUGGCGUACGACUCCCACUCUAUGAAAGACAUUUUUAACGUCCAUCAACUCGAUCUGCAGAAAGUAGCUGCAUCAUUCUGUUUCAGAAGCCCUCCUAAGGUGAAUCUGGACCUGGAGAGCAGUGCAGCGAAACAUAGGAAGAGGAGGAGAUUAGAUGGUGGGAAGAGGCAUGGCAUCGGCCCUUCGAAUCCUUACGGAAGGAAGGACAAAGACGGUGGCAAUAAGCGACAGUUCGCGAGGUUUUAGAAAAGAAAGAGCCUUUCACGGGGUUGUGUAAUACCAGAGCUUCAAUGUUACUGGCUUUGGAAAAUUUUGACGGAUCACUUAUGCUAGGGUGGAUGAGAUAUUAUCACUCGUGUUAAGGGAUGGUCACUUGAUGCGCAAUUUCUCCCCGCACAGUGGAAUGGAUUCUUGAUGAUUUCAUAGUG